AUGGAUGCUUUCAAAAAUAUGAUUAGUGGUAUAGCUGAGAGAGUGCUGCAGAAGGAGAUGGCAAGGAUUGAUGCCGAGACUGACUCAAAGUUGAUGACCCUCGGCAAGGAACUGGAAUCUUCUGAGAUGCGUAGCAAAAGUCUGCGUUCUCAAAUGGACGCAGUCAUAGCUGAGGGCAACCGCAGGCGCAUGCAUAUGCUCACAGGUGAGCUCAUUCAGGCUCUGUACGAUGGCUUGCGGGAUGCAUUCCAGCCGGCUGGUGCCGGACAACCAUGGUUCUAUGGUCUGGAGCAGAAGAUGUUUGAUUUGUCUGUUGAGAAGGCUCUAUUAGGGAUAGAGCGUACAUUUGAAGUUGAGGAUCCUAACUUGUACAACUACAACUACCAUGGAACGCGUUACUCUGGGGCGCGGGCAAUGCGUGACAACAAGGGGAAAGGUGAGCAUAACUACAAAUUGUUUGUAAAUUUACUUCUUCAAGUAGCUUCAAAUUGA